AUGGCGGCCGAGGAAGAUCUCUCCGAAGGACGCAUGGCCGAUAUCGUUCGCGCCUUGGAGCUCAUCCACAACCCGUCGUCCACGAAUGAUCUACGCAGAGAGGCCCUGACGUUUGUCGAGUCGCAAAAGGAAAGCAAGUCGGCAGCUCGUAAUGGCUUUCUCCUGGCAUCUGGCGCCAACCAGAAUCCGCUGGUUCGCUAUUUUGGUCUAGGUCUUUUGGAUCAUGUUUUGCGACACACGUCUUUUACGUCUUCGGAGCAGGUGCUUGCGUUGAAAGACCUUGUUCUCAAACUGGCGGAAGCCAUUCGCCCGGAAGAUCCCCCGUAUAUCCGCAACAAAAUCCCCCAACUAUGGGCGGAGGUUGCAAAGAGAAGCUGGGGUUUGGACUGGAUCGACAUGGAUCAGACCCUCUUUCAAUUCUGGGAGGCAAGCCUGGUGCACAAGGAGCUCGUGCUCUCCGUCCUGGAAACCUUGUCUGAAGACAUUUUCUACCGUGAAGACACCGUUUCUUCCUUGCGGGGGACUGACUUGAACAGAGCCCUGGUGGAGAUCUUCACUCCGUUGUCGGUCUUUGAGGAGUUCUAUCCCAAGCGGGAGCACCACAUUGAACUACGAUACGGCACUGAUUCCUGGCUUGCCCGCAUAAGCGAGUUCCUCCAAUACUGCAUCGAGAACCUGCAGAACUCAAAGCAAGCGAAAGAUGCGGCACUCAAAGCGCUGGCAACGCUGAAAUCGGUCCUCGUCUGGGCGAUCCCGAAAGCGAUCAUCUCCUCAAAUUGCGUUCCGACCAUAGCCAUGUCUUUGACUUGCAACGAUGAGCAGGUUUUGCUGGCUGCCGUCGAAGCCUUGCACUCCUUGUACAGCAGAUCCAACAUCGACAUCGGAAGCUUUCAGCCACUCGUACACAAGAUGUAUGAAACAGACUACUUGAAUGUCCUGCAGAAGUUGUACGAGUGGUCUGUCGUGGGACCCGAUGACAUCGAUGAUACACGAUACAUGAUCUCGAAGAAGAUCUCCGAGAUGCUGUCAUACCUCGCAGGGUUUCUUGAGGAGAAGGGGUUUUCUUUGGAAAGCGUUCAUGGCAUGAACCUCCCGUUUUUUUUCCACCUUAUGUUAAAUGUUAUUCAACAUCGAAGCUUGACAGUUUCGAUACCUGUUCUCCAUGUGUGGUCCAAACUAUUAGCUUCUGAGAGGAUUGGAAACACUGAUUUGGUCACUGGCCUGAUCCCCGCUCUGCUAGAAAAUUGUACCCAGCGGCUGGUCCGCUGGGAGUCUCUCCCAGCCGAUUCCGAUGACCCUACAGUAGUGUUUCUCGUCGAAGACAUCGACACCAUUCCCGAAAGACACGCGUUUGUGGGCAAUUAUCGCCGUUAUUGCUCCGCCAUCAUCGAUACCACCGUCCAUAAGAGACCGCAAGAGGCCAUCCCUCACAUCCUGUCAACCGUCGAUGGAAAUCUGGACAACCUUUACAGUGGGGCUGAGCCUUUCAAUGUAAAAUCUUUUUCGAAAAGCUCGCUUCCCCUUAUGCGUGCCGACACCCAGUUCGCCGUCGUCGAGGCUUUACUGAGAGGAUAUAAUAGAUGGCUUGCAGCACACGGCAAAAUGCCACAGCAGGACGAGCAACAAAGAAGCCAGCUGGAAAACAUCUUGGAGACUUGGACUUUCAAAUUGAUGCAGAGAGAUUUUGAGGACCCCAUUUUGAAGCAGCGAAUUAUCAAACUUAUCGUCGAUGUCUCUUCGAAAGCUCUUGACAAGACCCCCAGCUUUGCGCUGAAGGUUCUCGAAUACAUCCUUAUGACACGCCUUCCUGACCAACCCGAAUUUCCUGCCUACUCGGAGGCCGUGAAGGAGCUCCACGGACUGGCCAGCCAUGAGCUUCGACGUCUUGCAAUGCGCUACGCCGAUUACUUCUCCACGUUUUAUGAUCUGCUUGAACCGAAAAUCAAAGAGAUAAGCCAGGCAAACCGGGUGGAUGACAAGCUACAAAUGGAACUAAUCUCGAUCCUGUUAAUCAUCAUGCAACGUGCGAACAACGUGGAACCUCAGGUUCGCCAGUAUCGAUUGUCCUCGUUCGUGGAGCCCAUCAAACAAGCGUGGCAAGAAGAGGAGCUUCGACAAAUGAGCUCGUCUUUCGGAGGGUUUUGUGACAUGUUAGGCUUGCAAAGCGUGGGACCAUAUAUGCAGACUAGACAGGCGCAGAAACUGGAGGAUUGGACCUCGGUGCCUCUAGAUGACGAAGGUAGACAUAUCCAAGAGGAGAUGACAAGGAAGUUCCAGCAAUUGCCCCUGCGAGGCACUAAGACCAUGCUCGCUGUCUCUACGGAGAAAUUGAAAAAGAAUGAGCCUGCCUAUGAACUUGCACGUGGAGUCUGGCAUGACAUUAUCCCAGUCGUACUCCCGACCUUGCUGUCGCUUGUUAGUAACGCACAUGCUUUCCACAACCCGGAGAACUGGAACGGUCUGUCGGUUGAUAUGAGGGCCGUUGUUGAACGCAUCUUGACCGAUAGGUUCUGGCAAGCGGGAAUCUCUACGGGCAGUCGAGACGAAUUCUAUGCUAGAAUCACUUCUUCUCGGGUGUCCCUUGAAGGCUUUGCAUCCUCUGUCAGGGGCAAAAUUCGAGCGGUUCGGGAAUCCUGCUACUCAAUGUUAUUCAGCAUGAGCAGGCUAAGAGAAAAUUUCUAUGGAUUCGCUGAACUUCCAGGACCCCUUUCCCAGGCGUUAUUCAAAGACUCUUCUUAUCUCUCAUCCCACCAGUUUUCAGUCUUGCUGAAUAUUUCGAGAUGUUUGAUUGACGACUGCCCGGUUCGGUUCAGAGCACAAUUCUUGCCUCCCAUGCUGGCAACCCUCUUCACCAACAUUGACCGAAAGGUCACCGCCGAGUGGGAAAUAAUCGAACAGCGAAGGGAAGGCGUUGCUGACGGUGAUUUAACCGACGAAAUGAAAUCAGAGAGCAUUCUUCGCCAAUUGACAUACUCUGCGGUCAUCAUGGUGGCAAGUCUUCUCGACCCGCAACGGGGAGAUCCCGACGGAGAGCCGGCGGAUCCAAGCGCUCCGCAGCAAGCACCGGCACUCUCUGACUCGAUACGGCAUUUUGUGCUCUCCUCACCCGAGAUUUUUGAGCCCGUCAUGCUGUUUUGUACUCAUGCCCUUCGCAUGCGUGAUACGCGAUGCUGUAGCAUCAUCACUCGCGUUAUUCGCUCCAUUCUUCAAGAUUUUGCCCCUCCCAACCAGUCCGCCACGACCGUGACGAUCCGCGAAUUCAUCAGUUCCGAAGUACUCAAAGCUUGUAUCACAUCUGUACAUGAGCCUUAUUUUGUGGAUAUGCAAAAGGACUUGGCUCAGCUUAUUGCCUCAAUCUGGGUCCUCUACGGCUCGAGCAGCCCGACACCGCGCUCGGUGAUUCUCAGCCUUCCCGGUAUGGAUGAGCAGCGAGUCGCCAAUGCUGAAGCUGCCCUCGUGAGAUCGACGGCAGCACGGCAGCAACGGGCCCUCGUUUUGGAUCUCCUAGAGGGCCUGCGUGGGGUCAGCAUCGCCGAACAAGGCAAGAUCCUGGGCAGCCGUGAGGAGCGUCGCAAGGCUCGAAGUGCCUUGCAGGAGAGAUAUAUGACCGCCGAGAUGGAGGGCCAGCACAACAACAAGGUUGACAUCAAUGACGGACCCGAUCUGGCAGGGGUAGCGGACAUGUUUGGUUAA